AUGGCCACCGCAGUUUUCAACAAGGAUCGCCAUAUCAAGUACUUCUUACGAUGCCUGAAGACCUUCCUUCCGAACGCAUAUACCGCCAGCGACUCCAAUCGCAUGCUUCUUGCUUUUCUCACAGUCGCUGGACUAGAUCUUUUGGGUGUGUUACAAUCUCACACUACUCCUGAGGAGAGGCAAGCAUAUGCCCAAUGGAUAUAUCGCUGCCAGGUCCCUUCAGGGGGAUUUCGUGGAUUCACAGGGGCAGACUUUGGACUGGAUAAACGCACUCCGGAAAAUGAAUGCUGGGAUCCAGCAAAUCUUCCCGCCACAUUUUUUGCGCUUGUCGUGCUGUUAAUACUGGGAGAUGAUCUAUCAAGAGUGAAGAGAAAGAAGUGCCUCCGGUGGCUGCGGACUAUGCAGAGAACUGACGGAAGUUUCGGUGAGGUCCUGGGUACAGCUGGGGCAAUCGAGGGCAGUCGUGACUUAAGAUUCUGCUGCGUUGCUGCUGGUACGCGCUACAUACUGCGGGGAAAGGAUGACAUGGAUAUCGAGGAGGUGGGAGAUAUAGAUGUCAACAGCUUAGUGGCAUUCAUCGAAUCUUGUCAAGCGUAUGAUGGUGGAAUGGGAGAGACCCCCUUCUGCGAGUCUCAUGCCGGUCUGACCUACACUGCCAUCGGCGCUCUUACAUUCCUGAGCCGAACGCCGGGUACUAAUAUCAAGCCGGCGAUUCUUUCUCCGGGAUCCGUAGAAUUCAAAUCUUUGGUCCGGUGGCUCGUUUCAAGACAGACGUCCGAACUAGGUGAUGAAGAAUACGAUGAGAGGCAAUCCGAUUCUGAAAAGGCUCAAAGUCCGCAGAUAACUGUCGAGGGAUUGUCUUUGGAAGAUAGGCUUGCCUCUUUGUCUGCCAUAUCACCAUUAACGGAUGAGUCAAUACGAUGGGCUGGCUUCAAUGGCCGGUGCAACAAAGUUGCCGAUACAUGCUAUUCAUUUUGGACUACAGCAACACUCGUGAUGAUGGACAGGCUACCGUUGGUAGAUGCAGAUGGCAAUCGUCGAUAUCUUCUCGAGAAGACGCAGCACUGUAUUGGUGGCUUCGGAAAGGGAGUCGGAGAUCCACCGGAUCUUCUACAUUCAUAUUUUGGAAUGGUAUCUCUUGCAUUUCAAAAUGAACCUGGUCUUGUUGAUGUGGAUCCGAACCUCUGCAUUAGUCGGCGUGCAAUGCAACAUCUACAGUCUCUCCCUUGGUGGAAAUGA